UGGCGCGUGAUCGAAGUCAGUCUGGUGUCAGUUCUUUCAGCGAAAACACCAUUUUCCUUGGUCCUAAAGUCCCGGACGAAGUACGAAAGAUGACCUCUCAUCUCAAAUCAUUAGAUAAACAAGUAUUUAGAAAGAUUUUACAAGUUAUUGUGACAUCACUAGAAGGAAAACCUGUGGAAGAUGGCGUUCUUCAAAAGAUUGCCGGRAACAAUGUAUCAGAGGACGUUGUAGGCUUAGUGUUUGCUGGAAUAUACACAAUCCUCACAAGUGCGUUAAGGCUCCCGCUUACAUCACUCAAAUUAGAGCAGUUUCAAGCUGAUUUAGCUGAGAUUAGAAUACCAGCUGAGCUGAUCCCUGAUUUAUCCUCUAUUGUCUUUGGAGAAAGGAGAUCUGAAUUAGACAAUGCAGCCAUUUCAUCAGGGCUUCCAAAGUUAGAUUCUUUAAGAUGGAGAGUAGAUGUUGCUAUUUCUACAAGUGCAUUAAACAGGGUUUUGGAACCRUCWAUUUUGAUGGAGACACAGUUGAGUAAUGGAAGUAUUCAAACAUUUGAGGUUCCUUURUCAAAGUUUCAUCAAUUACGAUACAAUGUCGCUUAUGUACUCAAAGAAAUGGAAGAUGUAGAGCAUAAAAAUAUYCUAAAAAUCCAAGAUUGAAUAAAAAGAAUUGCUCUGCUUACAAAUUAUCUCAAUAGAAUAGCAUUGUAUAUAUGUAAUGAAGUUUGAUUAGAUAAUUUUGCAUUUUCAAACAAAAUAUUUUCAUAUAUCCUURUAGAUUUUAAAGCCAUGUAGUUUUCCUAGAGUGUGAAACUACAACUUAYAUUAACAAAAUAAUUACAUAUCCUUAUAGAUAUCAAAGUCAUGUAACUUUCAUGUGUGAGUGUUAGACUGUGAUUUUUGCAUUGCCUGAUUUCAUAUUGUGGGAAACWGGGUACAAUUAUUGCUGCAUGAUUUUAUAAUGAGUCUAGUAUAGAACGAAAGAUCUCACUGUAAAUAGUAUUGAAGCAAAGUUUGAUGAUAAUCAGAUUAAUUGUCAAUGUUUGGCAACUUUUCAAAAGUUCCAGAUUUGCAUAGUCUCCUUACAAAAGGGGAGGCUGCGAAGGAGACUAAGAUUUGCAAAGAAAUAUAAGUAUGGGAUUUGGAAAAACCAUAAAGACACACAGUCCAGCAUCCUAUACAUUUCAAUCCAUGGUAUGGCAUCAGGCAAUGAUUCCUCAUAUUCUUCCCCCAAAUAAGGCAAGAUAAAGAUAUAAUUGUUUCAGACUUUUUCAGUUUUUCAGAUUCUCUGCUUUAAUCAUAAUUAUGUCAAUGGUAGUCAGACAUGGUUAUUAUGGACAAACAUUUUUAUGGAYAAGAAUAACUAGCUUUACUUAACCAGCUACAAUUAAGAUAAAGUGAAAAUUAACUUUAACUUUAUCAUGACAAAUAUCAUAAAAACUAUGAUUCAUACUGAUUUUAAUUCACCACAAAUGAAAGUCUUUAUAAAGAAGCCUUUUGUUUUUG